UGAUUUCCGUAGUGGUACCCGACGUACAGCACGAAGUAUUAUAGUCGUCAUCCCGCAGUGUGGUGUUUUGUAAAAAAAUAGCAUUCCAAAAUUUCUGGAGCUUUUUAACGGGAUUUUGUGCGCGAAUAAUCAAAAAUCAUCUACAGCACUGUACAGCACUUGCAAUGGUGUCCUGAAAUCCUAUGUCUGCUAUAAGGUCAACGCAAACCGCAGAUCUUUAGAUUAUCAAAACUUCUGAACAACAGCGAUGUCUUAGCGUAUAAUUACACCCUCUUGUGUAUUAAUAUAUUGCACGGUUAAACUGUUUGCAUUUGGAACCAUUAUAUCAGUACCAGUAUGAUUUUGUUCAUCCCAUUUAUUGCUGUUUGUGCUUCUUUGUCCACCAUUGCAAUGGGGAAUGGCUUAAUCCACGUUGUCAGCAUCGUUUUAGGCGGAAAUCCUGCUUACGAGUACAAACUGUCAGUGCCGACAUAUAAACUUGCAUUUCAAGCAGCACACAACAUCCUUGGAAACUUCAGUUUUAAAGAAAUCAACAUUUUCGAACGAGGAAUCAGUAAAAGUUGUGACGACGAAGAGAAUCUGGCAUUCUCCAAAAUCACACAGAUCUAUCAACUUAUAUAUCAACUAGAUGGCCCGAUCGUGAUGCAGACCACCGGAUGCACAAAUGUGGCACUGCUGUUAGGCAAUUUUGCGAGAGAGUUGAAUAUACCAAUGCUGAUAAGCACAGCAGGUGAUCCAGCUUUUCUGGAUAAAAAACGUUUCCCCAACACACUGAAUUUUGGUCCAGCUGAUCAUCGAUCGCUGGCGGACGGAGCCAAACAGUUUUUCCGCACAUAUCAGUGGUCAACUAUAAUGCUCCUGUGUGGGACGCAGUACACUAGUGCUAAACCUUUUGACGUGUCCACAUGUUCAACAUUAUACAACGUGUUGACCACAGGAAACGAAGUAGAACGCUUUGUUGUGUAUCGCGCUUCGUUUAAUCCCGAAAUCCAAACCGAUUACACAUACCAUUUAUCGCAGUCCAAAUCUCGAGCAAGAAUCAUUGUUCUGUGUCUGGAUGCUGCAUUCGUACGGCAAGCGAUGAUGGAAGCAGCAUCCCUAAACAUGACAAAUGGGGACUACGUUUUUCUGUCGCCUCAAAGCAACGUUUAUAAAAACCAACUGGACCGAAUCUGGAAUAAGAACGAUUCUAAUAACAUGAUGCUAAUUCAAGCUUUUAAGACAAUGAUUGUGUAUGCAAAUAAAGGACCAAAUUGGGAUGUCAUUUCCGAUUUGGUACAAGGAAUACAAGCGAGUUCAGUCACCGAUAGCACCAGAAGCAGUAACCAAACUGGGAUCCCUUCAGUGACGGUGAAUAGUUUGAACGUCGCUGCCUAUGAGGCUUUUAUGGUGAUAACAUCCAUGUUGCAAGAAAACAGUACUCUAACCCAACAUUAUCUUUCGGUCCGGGAAAGGUCGCCAGAGCUAACACUGCAAUUCGUCCAGCAAUUCUGGAGUCGGCAUUUCUAUCUAGACUCUGGAAUCGUGCAUUUGAAUGCCUAUGGUUAUAGGCGAACGGACACAGUAUUUCUACGUUUCAAUGCCAUUUCAAAACGUUUCGAGGAAGGAUGGUUUUUUAAUGUGUCCCAAUUCACAUUGGCGGCUAUACCGAACAUUUCCCAAGCGUGGCCAAAUAGUAGCGGUCCACCACCUAAUCGUCCAAAAUGUGGAUACGGCGACGACGAGUGCUAUGACGAUUCCGGACAAAGAACAAUUCUUAUUGGAAGCUUUUUUGCUGUUGCUGGAAUCGUGCUAACGGUUACAGUGAUUAUCUUUGCCAUCAGAUGGUCAAAUUUUCUCGCCAUGCAGAAUAACGCCUGGUGGCUCUUAAAUCCUGCUGCACUUUUUCCACUUCAAGCCCAGAGUCACGUUUCUAACAGAACAUCAACAAAGGUCACGGAUGCGCAGAGCAUUGUAAUACCGUGGAUAAAGAAAUACUCCAACUCCAGAUUUCAUAAAGUGCGAUUGUACGAGAAUUCAUUGGUUUUCCUUGAACUAUUGGUGCACAAGUCAACUUCUAAACCACACAUUCCAAAUAGUCGGAAAAGCAUCGCCCUAAUGAAUAAUAUAAAAGGUUUAUUGCACGUAAAUAUUGGCACCUUUAUCGGAACUACAAUAUGGGAUAAUGCUGUGGCAGUGGUGUGGGCGUGUGAGUCAAGAGGUCCGCUACGGUUGCUUCUGGACGCCGAAGACAUACAUUUUGACAUGCCCAUGAAAUUGUCUUUGUGUUGGGACGUACUUGGGGGUAUAGCAUAUUUACAUCGUUCCAAUGUCCCAUUCCAUGGAAAUUUAUCCAGCUUUACCUGUUGGGUUGAUCGAAGAUUAACCGUUAAACUUCUUUCAAUUGGCACAAGACGCUUAAUGGCUGACAAAGUUAUAAGUAAAAGUACCACUAACAGGUAG